UUCAAAUAACACAGAACGGUCUCACCGUCAAAUACAAUUCCUUCCACCACACCCUCAUCUCCGAUGGCUGCGACCGGCGGCGGCGGCGGCAGGAGAGAAGGAUCACCCAAAAUUGUGGCUGAUCAAAUCUCGCAGUCUGUACAGUCCACCUCCAAUCUUCUUCAUCUCAUGCUCCAGUCCUCCCCCUCUCGCGCUCAACUGAUGAAGCUCCCAAGAAAUCUUCUGUCUAUGACCUCCACCAUAAAAAACACAGAGUCAGUAUUGGAGCAGAUGCCUCAAGUUGUUUCAUCUCUGGACACACAUGUUGAAAGAGGAUUGCAAUGUCUGCCUCAUCUUGAUACUGUAGUUCAGUUACUUUCCCAUAUGCAAAGCAGCCAGCUUAAGCCUUUGUCCAGAGCUGACCUUGUUCAACAGCAGGACCUUAAACUUUCGGAGCAAGAUUCAAGGGUGACCUAGACCUACUUGAUAUUUGCAAGGCAUUUGUCGACACUGAUGCCUCGCACUAUAACUCAAACACCUUUUGUGCAUUCCCCUAAACCUCACCGCCAUCAGGAGGAGCGAGCAGGAUCUGGUCCUAUGGCCAAGUGCUCAUUUUUAGGCAGGAUUCUACAAAUUUAAAUGUUCUUAGUUCAUCUUGAAUCAAGAUUGUUACAAUUGUAUCGACGAUUUAUUCAAUAAUAUAUUAUUUUUUUUUGUUUUGAA